AUGAAGGUAACGUUUAUGUUAAUGGUGUUGAAUUUGAGUGAAGGUGGUGAUAGCGUUAAUAUUGAUGACGAAGAUGGUGAUGGCAUUGAUUUUGAUGGUGAAGAUAGUGAUGACAUUGGAUGUAAAGGUUUUCAUAAUUCUAUGGAUGAUAAUUAUCUAAAGCAUAAUGAAAAAUACUUCCGUUAUAGUCAAAACUAUGCAAUAUCUAUCUAUCUGUUAUAA